GACACAAAUAAGACUAUUGGGUCAGUGACUCAAAUUGUGACAUUUUCUUGUAUAACAUGCACUUAGAAGCAAGAAGAUUUCUUCCGUGUUUGGCAAUUUUAGUUUCCAAUUGUUUGGGUGAAAUUAACCUACAGCAGACAACAUCGUCUUCUUUACAGGAAGCCCUAGAUGGCUACUGGGGAGACUGGAGUAAAUGGGGGAACUGUAGUACAUCUUGUGGAAUGGCAGGUUACAGAAAACGGACCCGUCUUUGUGAUAACCCUGUUCCUAAAAAUGGCGGAAAUCCUUGUUCUGGGCCAGACGUUGAAAUGAGAUCUUGUUUUAAACCUUGUGCUGUUCAUGGAAGUUGGGGUUCCUGGAGUGGACGGAAACUUUGCAGCGUUACCUGUGGUAAUGGAAGCGAGGCAUAUCACAGGUCAUGUGACAAUCCCGCGCCAAAUCAUGGAGGGAGACAAUGUGUAGGACAAUCUACAAAAUUAGUGCCUUGCAGAGCACUACCUUGUGCAACUGACGGAAGUUGGGGGGACUGGUCUGGUUGGACUUCCUGUUCUGUGACUUGUGGAGACGGCAAGGAACAUCGACAGCGCCAUUGUAACAACCCUCCCCCACUAAACGGAGGCCGAGCGUGUUCGGGUCAUAGAAAGGGUACAAGACAUUGUCACCAACCACAGUGUAUUACAGCGAUUGACGGAGGUUGGGGAACUUGGUCUCAAUGGGGGCAUUGUUCUGUUAAGUGUGGUGGUGGUGAAAAAGCAUCGAAAUCGAAACUGCGACAAUCCCUCCCCACAACACGGUGGCAAGGACUGCUCCGGACAUCCAAUAGAGACCCAGAUAUGUCACAAUCAACAGUGCCCACCGAUUGACGGAGGUUGGGGAGCCUGGUAUCAAUGGGAUCAUUGCCCUGUUACGUGCGGUGGUGGAGUAAAACAUCGGCACCGAAACUGCGACAAUCCCUCCCCACAACACGGUGGCAAGGCCUGCUCGGGAAAUCCAACAGAGACACAGACAUGCCACAGUCAUCAGUGCCCAUCUCAACAUGGACAUUGGAGUGACUGGUCAGCCUGGAGUCAGUGUUCAGUAACGUGCGGUGGUGGAACCCAACAUAGGACGCGCAGCUGUAAUGGCGGUCUUCCGUGUCAAGGCGAGCACAGGGAAACCCGGCACUGCAAUGAAGGUCAUUGUCACCAUUGUCACAACCAGAUAGGUCAUGAUGCCUGUGUACCAGUGUUAAUUACCGGACAUUGCAGAGAUGUUGUUGGAUAUACCCAGUGUGCAAAGUUGUGUGGGCAUUGCUAAUU